AUGGCAAGAUCAAGAAUUGGGGCUGCUCUUCUUGUCUGUGCAGUGAUUUUAGCACUAGAUAUUACUGCUGGCAUACUUGGAAUUCAGGCUCAGGCUGCUCAAAACAAGGUUAAAAAGGUGACGGUGCUCUUCAUCCAAUGUGAGAAACCUGUCUACAGAGCAUACCAGCUGGGCCUCGCAGCUGCAGUACUGCUUGUAGUUGCCCACGCAGUGGCCAACUUUCUCGGUGGCUGUGCCUGCAUCUGCUCUCAGAUGGAGUUCAUCCGGGCAUCCAUUAACAGGAAACUGGCAGCGACUCUUAUCGUGCUCUCUUGGCUUGCUCUCAUUGUCGGAUUCUCGCUGCUGGUCGCUGGUGCCAUGUCCAACUCCAAGUCGAAGACGGAGUGCGGGUUCGUGCACGGCCAUACACUGUCUCUCGGAGGUAUCAUGUGCUUCGUCCACGGCGGGAUCACUGUCGCUUACUAUGUCACCGCCCACGCAGCAGCAUACGAACUUCCUUAA